AUGUUCGAGGUCCUCCAAAAGCUCAUCGUGUUCAUGUGUAGGCGCGCAUUGUUAGUCGUUCUCAUCUCGGAGGUAGAGGCAUGGGACGAUAACCCAGUCGCGUCAGUGGCCUCUGCGGCGGACCAUAUGGCCGCCAUACAGAAGCGCUUGACUGCGUACCAAGCGGAGGCGCCAGUGGUGGACCUGAAUAGGUUCAAGGAGCCCCAGCCAUCGGCGGGGCGUGUAGGAAGUCUAGCAAAGGCCGUUAGUGAGACCGGUGAGGCAGCGCCGGAGCCUCAAGGCCCGAAAAAGAGGGGCCCUAAGUCAGCGCCGGAGAAGAGGAAGAAUGUCAGGCGUGCGGCGAGGGCGGCUAAGACGGUAGAAGUCGCUUAA